AUGGGUGGCUGGGCGAUUUUUUGCGCUAUCUGCGCAGGUCCAUUCUCCAGCCAGGUCGACAUGGACUGCGAAGGGACCGACGAAAGGGCCUAUCGUUUCGAGAUCCUCAAAGACUGCAACCUGGAGUGGCUCGAUGAAUUACGUGCCCUGGGAAUGAAUCCCAGCGCUACCGGAAGUGACAAGUCGUUUCUGACGGGAUCUGGUCGGUACUUUGACUAUGGUGGAAUUGAAGUCGUUGCUGGGAAUCAUAUGAACAUCCCGUACCCGAAGAGUGAUAUUGUGCCCAUGGUCGCAUAUCACGACUUUGCGGAAAUCGGCGAAUCACAUGUGUUUCCCUUUCACUCUGUUUGCUACGAGGUUCUGAGGAGGUGCAUCUCCCUGAGGAAGCCAGGUGAAAUUCGGGGACAUGCGCUGUAUCACGUUUUCGAACAGGCCAACGGUGGCCGGUACGUCCGGCUGCAACUUGACUAUGGCGACCCGGAUCCUCCCGCAGAGCAGGUGUGGGAGGUUAUCCGAGGGCAGGAGAUUCUAGUAGUAAAUCCAGUCAACAUACCGGAGCUCGAAUCGGAGAUCAGCGAAAUCAAGUGCUUGUUAGACACGAAAACCUACCUGGAUAAUGAGACGAGGCUCCAUGAAGAAGAUAUUUUCGGUCGUCUUCCGACCGAACUGCGACACGAAAUCUUCAAGCACCUUCGCCCAGAAUCAAUUUUGGCUCUUAAGGCGGCCUCGCGGGUCAUGCACACUACCUUGAUUCCGCUCUCCACGUGGGAGGCCAAGUUAGUCGAUACAUAUCCAUGGCUGUGGGAAGUGCUCGAACUCUCGGUUUUCCAAUCGCAGGAGAUCGAAGGGAAAGCUUCUAUGCUGCUUCUCGCUUGCAGGGAGCACGGUGAGUCCACGGGCAAAAGCUAUGGCUAUACCCUAGGCCUUGCCAACAGGAGAAGGAUUUGGGGAGUAUGCGAACAGAUUCGGAGUCGAUAUUUGGAAUAG